AUGAAGACUUAAAACACAUCCCAUCCUGACUUAAAAAAGACUUUAUAAAUUUCAACAAACUUAAUUUGUUUGAGGUAUUUGGUAUAUCAGAUGAUUCUAUUUGCAAUCUUUUAGUCAUAAAGUAGAUCUGAAAAUUGCUUCGGCGAGGAUCAAUUCCCAAUAUUUGUGGGUGAUGGUCAAAAUGAUUAUGACAUUUCUAUAAUUGUUACAGAUCACUAUGACUAAGGCUUCCUAUUUGGAGGUAAAGACUCUUAAAGUCCCAUUCUAGGCUACUUUUACUAUAAAGAUUUAAAUAGCUAUACAAGAAUAUCAUGGAUGAAUAAGAUUUAAACAAAAUCUGAAGAUUACGAUCUCUAUAAUGUACAAGGACUCACUAGAAUAUCUACUGCUGAUCUACUCUUUGCUAGAAUAGGUUACAGUAAAGGUGAUGAUUAUGGACAUCUUUUUGUAAAAAUUAGUACGUUUGAUGGUAGUAUACUAAGUUAAAGCUUGAUUGCUGGCAAAAAAUAAGCAGCAUUUUUUUAGUAAAUGGAUUUAGAUAGCCAAUAAAAUCUUUAUACAGUUUCAACUGAUCAUGACUCAGACAAUGUCUUCAUCUUGAAAAUAAAACCAGAUCUUUCCUCAACCAUUUGGAGUUAGAAAAGCUCAAUGAGUUUUUACAAAUUUCGGCAACUCUAUUUUCUUAAGACUGAUUCAAGUUCAAUAAUUGUUUUUACGGGAAAUCUCGAAAAUGAAAUUUAUUAAGCCUUUUCAUUGGUUAAAGUUUAAGCAUCAAGUGGACAAUAAUUGUUUAAUAGAGCAUUUAUAUACACUGAAGAUGUAUAAGAUGUUUACCCUCACAUCGAUAGGGCUUUUUUGAUUAAUCAAAUGAUGCUUUAGUAGCUUGGUAUGAGUCUUCAAAUAAUCCUUAGAAGAAAAUAUAUUGGAAUCAAGUACUUAGUUAGUUUCAAUAAUAUUAAUACCUAUAUCUAAUUGGAAGUUUUUUAAAUCACUGAUGUAGAUUAACCUAUAGAAAUAAUGAAAAAUUUGAUUUCAGAGUAUGAAGAUUUGCAAGCAUUUGGAGUGAAUUGGAAAAGAUGCCCUUGCUCCAUUGAAAUUGGAAACUACUCAAUGCCUAGCUGCGUUGAUGUGAGAUUUAUAGAUUUUAACAUCUCAGAUAAAAAUGAAGAUUUAGACUAGAUCACUAGACUUUAGUAAAUUGAUACCUCUACAUUUAUUAUCGAUGUAGUUUUAUAAGAAACUAAAGCUACUCAUCCAUAAAAAAAGACAUAUAUUGGCGAUCAUAAAAUAAUCACUAAGGCAUCCUUGAAUUUAUAAAAUGGAUUUACCUACAGUUUUAUAGAAUAGUCGUUCAUUUUAAAAGUAGACUUUUGCUACAAUCAUUUAAAUUAUACCUCAAAACCUAAUAUAACCGAUAUGUUCUUUAUGAUUGGGUCAGAUCCUGUUAAUUAAACAUUUAAACAUCAUAACUUUGAGCCAAUUGGAUGUGUAAAUCCUUAAUAUUGGCUGAUUUUAAAUUAAGCUAAUCUCACAGUCAAGUUCUAGAUUUUCCUUAUUUCUGAUGCUUUUAAAAUCAAUACUAGUGCUCCAAUGUUUUUAGAGCCAUUAAAGGAUUAAACCUUAGUUGAAGGAUAGUUAUUAUCCUAUAAAUUACCUGAAAUUGUAAAACGAGACAGUAGUAACUAUUUUAUUGAAACAAACUUCGGAUAAAGUACAGUAUUUUGUAAGUUUUAAUCAGGCUAAAUUGAAUUUCUACCCUAAAUUGGAUUCUCUGGCUUGUAUGAAAUAGUUAUCAAGCUCAAAGACUCAUUAAACCCAGAUGUUUAGAAUAAGUACACAAUGAAAGUAAAUGUUUUAGCAAGCGAAACUCUAAAUAUAACUGAAGUAAAUAGAAUAAAAUAGAUCAAAGGGGAAACCAAAGGAUUUUUAUGA